AUGAAAAGCGCUAGAAAGACGGAUUCUCCAAGGGGAGAGGUUGGAGAGAUUGACACAAGGGCACCAUUCCAAUCUGUCAAAGCAGCUGUUACCUUAUUCGGUGAAGUCGCAGUCUCUAAGGACAGAUUGGCUGUCAAGAGAAGAUCAGCAGAGAAUGUAUUUGAAAAGGAGACACAACUUAUCUUGGCCCAAAAAGAAUUAAACAAGUUAAAGAAACAUAUAGUCAGUGCCGAGGCCACGAAAGCCAAAGCACUUUCAGACCUUGAGAUGGCCAAGGAGACCCUUGAGAAUUUGACAACCAAGAUGAACAAUGUGAGAGAAUCCAAGCAAUCUGCAAUGGAAGCGGCUGAAGCUGUCAAAAAUCAGGGCAAGCAUUUUGAAAAAACGUUAUCUCUAAAAGCUAUAGGAUAUGAAGCUUGGAAACAUGAUCUAGAACAUGCAAGAAAUGCGUACAUGGCUACGGUAACCAAACUAGAUUCUUCCAAGAAAGAACUCACAAAAAUCAGGCAGGAUUUUGAUGCAGUUUUGGAGGCGAAGCUAACAGCAAUUCAGGCAACAGGAGAAGCUCAGCGUUCUGCAAAAUUAAACUCGGAAAGGAUUGGUGAACUCUCGGAGGAAAUUGCAACGAUGAAAGCAUCGAUAGAACAGUUGAAGCUCACCUCUGCACAAAAUGAAACCCAACUCGAGUUUUAUAAAACCACAAAAGAAGAAGCACAGAAGAAGCUGGAGGCCUUAAAGAAUGAAUAUAAUGAUCCAGAACUAAUCCAAAGUCUAGACGCAAAACUUGCUGAAACAAGCGCAGAGAUUGAGGUUCUGCAAGAGCAGAUGAAAAAGAUUCAUGCUUCUAAGAUGGAUUCUGUGAGACUUCUAACUUCAGAACUCAGAGAAGCCACAAAGACACUGCAGGAGGUUGCUGCAGAAGAAAACUCCCUUAAAAAGCUAGUGUAUAUUCUUCGAACAGAAUUGAAACAAGUGAAGAAGGAGCAAGAUGAACUGAAGGAGAAGAAACAAGCAGCAGAAGAUCUUGCUGCGAAUCUCGCCGACGAAUUGCAAGAGGGUAAGGAAGAGGCAGGGCCUCAGCCAGGUACUGUGGAGGAUCUUGAAGCUGAUAUCUUCUACACGCAGAAUUGUAAAGUCCAGAAGCUACAAUCGGAGACAGAAGAUGCAAGAAGAGAAGCAGAAGAGAUGAGCAGAAAGGCUCAGGAACUGAAACAAGAAGCUGAAGAAUCCCGAGCAGUGGCUGCCGAAGCCGAGAAGAAUCUGCAACUUAUAAUGGAAGAGGCUAAAGCAGCAAAAGCAUCAGAAUUACGAGCAAUUAAAGAGAUGAAGAUUCUGUCCGACGUGCAAAGCAGACUCUCGAAUUCAAAAUUCAGCGGUAAAAUUGGAAUGCCAAAUGAAGAGUUUGAGUCAUUGAAUGGAAAAGUGAAGCAAUUUCAAGAUUUGGCAGAAAAGAAAGAGGCAUCUGUCAUGGCUGAGCUGCAAGAAAUGUACACAAGGAAAAAUGAACUGGACAGAAAGGUGAAAGUUAACCUGAAAGAUAUUGAGGAAACAAAGGCUGCAAUGGAGACAGCAUUGUGGUAUGCAGAGAUGGCAGAUUCAGCAAAAGCAGCAAUGGAGCGUGAACUACGGAGUUGCCGUCAAUCUGGUAGUACAUCUUCCCGGAUAUCAAGUUGUUCAGAUAAUUCUUCAAUAUUGAGCACCUAG